GGCCAACCCGUUUAAACUUUCCUGAGGCGUUUGAGUGCAAACUGGGGACCCGAAGCGUUUAUCAUGUCACGCUUUAUGGAAUUGAGGGAGUUUGGCAACGCAGCGACGUUCCUGCGUAAAACCAACCUGGAGCAGCUCGCUGCGCAAGCCCAUGCGUUUGAUGGGAAGAAACGUGUUUGGAUUCCAGAUGAGAAAGAAGCCUACAUUGAGGUGGAGGUUAAAGAUACAGAUGGAGACAAAGUAAUGGUGGAGACCAAAUAUGGACAGAUGUUAACGGUGAGAGAGAAUGAUAUUCAGCAGAUGAACCCCCCUAAGUUUGACAUGAUUGAAGACAUGGCCAUGCUCACACACCUCAAUGAGGCCUCGGUUCUCUUCAACCUCAGCCGUCGUUACAGUUUCUGGAUGAUCUAUACAUAUUCAGGGCUUUUUUGUGUGACAGUUAACCCGUACAAAUGGCUUCCCGUGUACUCUGCUGAAGUGGUUGCUGCAUAUAAGGGGAAGCGUCGCUCAGAUGUUCCCCCACACAUCUAUUCCAUAGCAGACAAUGCCUACAAUGACAUGCUAAAAAAUCGUGAAAACCAGUCAAUGCUUAUCACCGGAGAAUCCGGUGCUGGCAAAACCGUCAACACGAAACGUGUAAUUCAGUAUUUUGCCAUUAUAGCUGCUCUCGGUGAAACAGCUAUCAAAAAAGGAGGUACAUUAGAGGAUCAGGUCAUUGAAGCAAACCCAGCUAUGGAAGCUUUCGGCAAUGCUAAAACCUUGAGGAAUGACAACUCAUCCCGCUUUGGAAAAUUUAUAAGAAUCCAUUUUGGUCCUACCGGGAAACUAGCAUCUGCUGAUUUUGAAAUCUAUCUUCUGGAAAAAUCCAGAGUGAUAUUUCAGCAAUGUGGUGAAAGAAGUUAUCACAUCUACUACCAGAUCCUCUCGCAUAGGAAACCAGAACUUCAAGACAUGCUGCUGGUUUCAUCAAAUCCCUUUGACUACCACUUCUGCUCGCAGGGUGUUACAACUGUGGACCACAUGGACGAUGGAGAUGAGCUGCUUGCAACCGAUCAUGCAAUGGACACCCUUGGUUUCACUCCUGAAGAAAAAUACGGCUGCUACAAGAUAGUUGGUGCCAUUAUGCACUUUGGAAACAUGAAGUUCAAAGUACGGCAGAGAGAGGAGCAAGCAGAGGCGGAUGGCACUGAAAGUGCAGACAAAGCCUCCUAUCUUAUGGGGAUCAGCUCAGCUGACCUCAUUAAGGGGCUGCUCCACCCGAGGGUUAAAGUGGGCCAUGAGUACAUAGUCAGGGGACAGACUGUCGAACAGGUCGCCUAUGCAGUUGGUGCUCUGGCCAAAUCCACCUAUGACCGUAUGUUUAAAUGGCUGGUUAGCAGAAUCAAUAGAACCCUGUACACAGCCCUCCCACGUCAGUUCUUUAUAGGAGUGCUCGACAUCGCAGGCUUUGAGAUCUUUGAGUUCAACAACUUUGAGCAGCUUUGCAUCAACUUCACAAAUGAAAAACUGCAACAGUUUUUCAACCAUCACAUGUUCAUCUUGGAGCAGGAGGAGUAUAAAACAGAGGGCAUCGAGUGGACCUUCAUAGACUUUGGAUUAGAUCUACAGACCUGCAUUGACCUAAUAGAAAAGCCUAUGGGCAUCCUGUCUAUUCUAGAGGAGGAGUGCAUGUUUCCUAAAGCCACGGAGAUUAGCUUCAAAGCUAAACUCUAUGAUAAUCACCUUGGCAAGUCUCCCAACUUCCAGAGACCGAGGCCUGACAAAAAACGCAAAUAUGACACCCAUUUCGAGCUGGUGCACUAUGCUGGUGUGGUGCCGUAUAACAUCAGUGGUUGGCUUGAUAAAAACAGGGAUCCUCUGAAUGAGACAGUAGUUGGAGUCUUCCAAAGGUCCUCCAACAAGUUAAUGGCAAGCCUCUUUGAGGACUUCAUCUGCAUUAAUUCAGGUACAGAAGGAAAGCCAGGAAGCAAAGAGAAGAGAAAGAAAGGUGCAUCAUUCCAAACCGUGUCACAGCUGCACAAGGAGAAUCUAAACAAGUUGAUGAAAAAUCUGAGAAGCACUCAGCCUCAUUUUGUGCGAUGCAUUAUCCCCAAUGAGACCAAGACUUCAGGGAUGAUGGAUCCGUUCCUUGUUUUGCACCAGCUUCGGUGCAAUGGCGUUCUGGAAGGGAUUCGCAUUUGCAGAAAGGGAUUCCCCAAUCGCAUUCUCUAUGCAGAGUUCAAACAACGCUACCGGAUCCUCAAUCCUGUGGCCAUCCCAGAGGACACGUAUGUGGACAGCAGGAAAGCUGUUGAAAAGCUUCUGGGUUCGUUGGACAUUGACCACACGCAGUAUAAGUUUGGCCACAGCAAGGUAUUCUUCAAGGCAGGACUUCUUGGUCAGCUGGAGGACAUGAGAGAUGAACGGCUGUCUGAGAUCCUUACCUUGCUGCAGGCUUUCUGCAGGGGUAAACUGAUGAGGAUGGAGCGAAAGAAGAUGAUGAUAGAAAAGGAAGCUUUGAUGGUGAUCCAGUGGAACAUUCGUGCCUUUUACGCUGUAAAGAACUGGCCAUGGAUGUGUCUGUUCUUCAAGAUCAAACCCCUGCUGAGGAGUGCAGCCACGGAGAAGGAACUGGUGGCACUGAAGGAGGAGUUCCAGAAGAUAAAGGAGGCUUUAGAGAGAUCGGAGGUGAAGAGAAAGGAGUUAGAGGAGAGACAGGUUUCUUUGGUACAGGAGAAGAAUGAUCUCUCUCUUCAGCUUCAAGCUGAGCAAGAUAACCUGGCAGACGCUGAGGAGCGCUGUAACCUGUUGAUCAAAGCUAAGAUCCAAAUGGAGGGAAGGAUUAAGGAGCUGAUGGAGCGUCUGGAGGAUGAGGAGGAGCUCAAUGCCACCCUCACAGCCACGAAACGAAAACUGGAAGAUGAGUGCGUUGAGCUAAAGAAAGAUCUAGAUGAUCUGGAAAUUACUCUGGCCAAAGUGGAGAAGGAAAAACAUGCCACUGAGAACAAGGUUAAAAACUUGGUGGAGGAAAUGGCCACAUUGGAUGAGAGCAUCUCCAAGCUGACUAAAGAGAAGAAAGCCCUCCAGGAUGCACAUCAGCAAGCCCUGGAAGACCUGCAGGCUGAGGAGAACAAAGUGAACAUGCUGUCAAAGGCGAAAAUCAAACUGGAGCAGCAGGUGGAUGACUUGGAGGGCUCUCUAGAGCAGGAGAAGAAAUUGCGUAUGGAUCUGGAGCGAGUGAAGCGGAAACUGGAAGGAGACCUGAAACUCUCUGUUGAGUCAGCCAUGGAUUUGGAAAAUAGCAAACAGCAUCUGGAGGACAGAUUGAAAAAGAAGGACCAUGAAAUGGCUCAGAUUAGUGCAAAGAUUGAUGAAGAGCAAGCUUUGGUGAUUCUACUGCAAAAGAGAAUAAAAGAAUUACAGACCCGUAUUGAAGAGCUGGAGGAGGAACUAGAGGCUGAAAGAUCAGCUCGAUCGAAGGCAGACAAGCAACGUGCCGAUGUGUCGCGGGAACUGGAGGAACUGAGCGAAUGUCUAGAGGAAGCAGGAGGUGCCACUGCGGUCCAGAUCGAGAUGAAUAAGAAGCGGGAGUCAGACUUUCUGAAGCUGCGGAGGGAUUUAGAAGAGGCCUCGCUGCAUCAUGAAACCACCAUGGCCAUGCUGAGGAGAAAACAUGCAGAUACUGUGGCUGAAAUGGGCGAACAGCUUGAUAACCUGCAGAGGGUCAAACAAAAACUGGAGAAGGAAAAGGCAGAAGCCAGAAUGGAGUCUGAGGAUCUGGCGUCUAACCUUGAGCAUCUCUCUAGAGCCAAGGCCACAACCGAGAAAAUGUGCAGGAUGUACGAGGACCAAUUAAACGAGUCUAAAACCAAAGUGGAGGAACUCCAGAGGCAGCUAAUGGACGUGACCUCUCAAAAAGCACGAGCCCAGACAGAGAGUGGCGAGGUUGGUCGCAGACUGGAAGAGAGAGAAGUUCUGGUCAUGCAGCUGCAGCGAACAAAGACUUCUCUCAGUCAGACUUUGGAAGAGCUCAAGAAACACUUGGAAGAGGAAUGCAAAGCAAAGGGCAGUUUAGCUCAUGCUGUACAGUCCUCCAGGCAUGACUGUGACCUCUUGAGAGAGCAGUUUGAGGAAGAGCAGGAGGCCAAAUCCGAGUUACAGCGUGCUUUAUCUAAAGCAAAUGCGGAGAUUGCUCAGUGGAGGACAAAGUAUGAGACUGAUGCCGUUCAGAGAACCGAGGAGCUAGAGGAGGCCAAGAAGAAGCUGGCUGCUCGUCUUCAGACAUCAGAGGAAACUAUAGAAGCUUCUAAUGCCAAGUGUGCCUCCCUGGAGAAGACCAAACACCGACUGCAGACGGAGAUUGAGGAUUUGAUGGUUGACCUUGAGAGAUCUAAUGCCGUGGCUGCUGCUUUGGACAAAAAGCAACGCAAUUUUGAUAAGGUCCUUUCUGAAUGGAGGCAGAAGUUUGAGGAGACACAGUCAGAGCUGGACAGCUCUCAAAAAGAGUCCCGCAGUCUUAGCACAGAACUCUUCAAGCUGAAAAACUCUUAUGAAGAAGCACUUGAUCAGCUGGAGACGAUCAAAAGAGAGAACAAAAACCUUCAAGAGGAAAUUACUGACUUGACAGAACAGAUUGGUCAAGAUAAUAAGGCUAUACAUGAGCUUGAGAAGGUAAAGAAGACACUGGACCAUGAGAAGAGUGACAUUCACGCAGCACUGGAGGAGGCGGAGGGCACUCUGGAGCACGAGGAGAGUAAGACCUUUCGUAUCCAGCUGGAGCUCAGCCAGAUCAGAACUGAAGUUGAAAGGAAGCUUGCAGAAAGGGAUGAAGAGAUUGACAAUCUCCGUCGAAACCACCAGCGGGCCUUGGACACCAUGCAGACCACGCUGGAGGCUGAGACCAGGGCCCGGAAUGAGGCCAUCAGGGUAAAGAAAAAGAUGGAGGGAGAUCUGAAUGAGAUGGAGAUCCAGUUGAACCAUGCGAACAGACAAGCUGUGGAGUCUCAGAAACUAGUUCGCAACCUACAGCUUCAAAUGAAGGAUCUGCAAGUGGAGUUUGACGAGUCUAGGCAUCAGUGUGGAGAUCUGAAGGAGCAGGUGGUGAUCACAGAACGCAGAAACAAUCUGCUCACAGCAGAGGUGGAGGAAUUGCGUGAAGUGGUGGAGCAGACAGACCGCAUGCGCAAAGUCGCUGAGCAUGAGCUUCUGGAAUCCAGUGAGAGAGUGAAUCUGCUGCAUACUCAGAACACAGUAGUGUUGAACCACAAAAAGAAGUUAGAGAGCGAUCUGUCCGUGUUGUCUGGGGAGGUCGAUGAUUCUCUUCAGGAGUGCCGCAAUGCUGAGGAGAAGGCGAAGAAGGCCAUAACUGAUGCAGCCAUGAUGGCAGAAGAACUGAAGAAAGAACAGGACACUAGCAGUCACCUAGAGAGGAUGAAGAGAAACAUGGAGCAAACUAUUAAAGAUCUGCAGAUGCGCUUGGAUGAAGCCGAACAGAUCGCUCUGAAAGGAGGAAAGAAACAGAUUCAGAAAAUGGAAAAUCGGGUGAGGGAACUCGAGGGAGAGCUGGAGUGUGAACUGAAGAAAAGUGGAGAGUUCCAGAAGGGAAUACGCAAAUAUGAGAGAAGAAUUAAAGAGCUCACGUACCAGACAGAGGAGGACAAAAAAACUCUUUUGAGGAUGCAAGUCAUGAUUGAAAAACUACAGGCUAAAGUGAAGAGCUACAAGAGGCAUGCCGAGGAUGUAGAGGAGGGCGCCAACAGCAAUCUGACCCGCUUCAGGAAGAUCCAGCACGACCUGGAUGAAGCUGAAGAGAGAGCGGAUAUUGCCGAAUCUCAAGUCAACAAGCUACGGGUUCGUACCCGAGAGACUCACGUUGUUAAGAUCACGGAAUGAAGCCCGAAUAAGGAUGUGUAUUAGAUUGAUGUAACGUGUGAAAACCUUUUAUAGUCUUCAGAAAAUGAGCAAGGCACAAGUCUGACUGAUGCUAACUGAGGGUUAAUGCAAAUGAACUUGUCGUGAUCGAUAAAUGAAAAAUACAUUUUUAAAGGUCAAAUAAAUAUUUAGAAAUGUUUAAUUUUAUGUCCAGCUUUCUGUCAAGGGCCCUCUGCGACUUUGAAGGGUUUUAGGCUACAGCUUUGGAGUGUUUUGGAAAUCGUGUCAGUGUUAUUACAGUAUGGGUGAAGAACAAGGACAUUUCAAAGGGAUAUAUUUCCCUGUCUGCACCCCUCUGUUGUUUUGACAGUCUUUGGAUUGAGUUUUUCUUAAGAUGUUCUAUUUAUCACUAAAAAUCAUCUUCAGUGAUUCAAACGUUUGCAUGAUCCUGUCAUGUUGCACAUAAGUUCAUUUAAAAUAAAAAUGCCAAUACUGUG